GCGCAUCCAUGAUGGGAUUUAAAUUUCUGAGAACAACGACAUUUCAGCUUCCAACUUGCCGUGUUUAUGAAUUGUUAACAAUAUUUUGAGAAUGGAGUAUUCAAAAAUUAUUAAAGAUGUUUUGAAAAAUCCACCUUUUUACAUAAACACGACAUGUCCUUCAUAUGUGAAACGCCUUCUUCCGGAUUUGGAUGACCGUCCUUUUGUUAUUUUCCAUAAAAAUAAAGUACGAGAAUCGGCACAAGUUACUAGAAUUUCAACAGAAGAAAAUGAGCAAACAGAUGCAGAUGUGACUGGCUCGCCUUUGGAAUAUUCUUUCGGCAAAGAUAGUUUUAAUGAAUCAAUAAUAAACCCGAAAAGAUAUUGGUUAUUGAAAGAAGAAUAUCAUCUUCCAAUCAAUGUAGAAUAUGCUCGCGCGGCGAUAAAUAUGUGUCUAGAAAAUGCAAAACCUGAUUGGAAAGUUUCGAUACUUGCAGUCUGUGAUCAAAAAGAUAAACAGCAGACUGUUUUGUUAGGAACUAGUCUCGAAAGUGAUUGGCACAAAACAAUUUUAGUUUGUAUUGAGGAUCCAAAAGUGAUUUCUGAAAUUAAACCAGAUUGUUCUGAUUUUUUGAGGGAACAUCUGAGAAUGUCGUCUGCAAAACCACACGAAGUAGAAGUGAAUGUAUUUUGCACCUACGAAUUAUUUGGUUCAAGAGAAGCUUUCACGAAUUGGGCAGAGAUUCCCAAAAACAGUUUUGAAGGCUAUUUAAGUCUCGAACUUACGUGGAAUAGUUUAUCCUUUUAUCCACCAUUGAGAAAAUCCACAAAAGCUUUGGUGAUGGAAAUAGUAGCAGGAUGGAAAGAAAGUCCCUUAAAUCAUUUGUGGGAAGAAAUUUUACUGCUGAAUCGCUAUUUAUCGAUUUUGGGGGAAUAUGGAAAGAAAAAUUUGAGUUCCAGAUAUAGUGUCAUGCCUCUUCAAUUCCCAUCGAAUUUUUCCCAUCUGAAUAUCAAGGAUGGUGAGGAAAUAAUGGAUCAUCUGAAUCGUUUAUUGGCCGGGGACGAUACUUUUCUCGAAACUCAGGAUAAAAAUUCCAAAAAGACUUUAACGAGUGACGAUCACAUCGAAAACGAUCAGACAAUCAGCCAACUUUCACAAGAUUUAUCUUGUAGGCAAAAUUUGGACUUUACUGAUCAUCUUUGGACAAUUUUGAAAGGUUCUGCGGAUCACGCACAAGUAACAGAUUGUGUUCAUACAGUAUUCGAUGAAAUAGAAAAAAAGGAGUACAAGCCUCAGAUGAACGUGACGAAUUCCACAAGACUGGCAAAGUUGAUAUCCGACAUUAAUCAACAAAAAGCAAAAGCUCCAUCGCUCGCUGGAAGUUUGCCGCUAGAAAUUCUUCUGGAUAUAGGAAUCGAGAAAUUGAAUAGAGACUACAAUUAUCUUUUGUUAAGUACAAAUCUUAUCGACCGUCACGAAGUUCAACAAAAAAUAGGAACUGUCUUUUCCGGAGAAUUAGAUUUGGAAAAAUACAGGAAGAAUUUACUGGCUCUCGCGCAGAUUCACAUCUGUUUGGAAUUCGCUUUACUUGCUCAAACACAUUUGGAUUAUCCGUCUGGAAGUCUUCAGUCGCUUUUCGGCUGUGCUUUCGAAAAAUUUACAUCCGAAAAAUCACCGGUAAAGGAAUUUGGACCUUUGGUGGAAAAUUCUGUGUUUACUCUCAGCGUUCCGGUUCCAAAUGCUGUCAUAAAACAAGUUAUCGAAGGAACGCCCUCGUCCUGGUUUAUGAGACUCACGUCAAAUAUUGGAAUUACUCACCUCACUUCCGGCACCUUUUUGAGUCUCACACCAAUUUUCCCGCCGGAUAUUCAAUUCGAAGAUGAAACCAAAGUCGGGGAAAGUUAUUACACUGCUUCCAUUAUUUCAUCGGAUUUCAAAAUAAAAAAUUAGAUAUUUAAAAUUUUUGGAAGCAUAAUCAUUA